GUCCCCUGCCCUGCGAUGCCGGGGGCCGGGGGCCAUGCCCGGUGCCGCCGGGGCAGGAGCGGAGGGAAGAGGGCCGCGGGCUGCGGCGCCCAGAUAAGCGGCUGUUUAUCUUCCUCCCGAUGCUGCGGCCGCCGCGCCGGGCCAGACCCCGUGCGCACCGAGGGCUGCGACCUGCGGCCGGUGGCGGCGGAGCCCCCGGUCACCCUGUCCUACAGCACGGGCACGGUGCCGCGGGGCUGUGUCAGCAGCAGCUCCCUGCACAGCGCCAAUGAAGUCCACGUCCUCGGCGUCCAGUGGUCCAAGGCCCCAUCCGUUGUGCUCAAGGUGUCUGUCACGCCGCCAGCCAGCGGCUGCGCCCGGCCAACGGUGCUGGUCCUGCAGUGCUCCCGGUGCUUGGCCUCCAUCACCUCCCUGUGCCCGGACCUGGUCGUCCUCACCGACGCCACCCUGAGCCCGGGGAGCACCACGGUGCCGCACAGGGAGCUGCCGGCGGCCGCCAGCAAGGGGCAGCUGCUGGACUGGGCGCGGGGCAGCUACGGGGGCAUCACGUCCUACAGCGAGCUGCGGGACCCGCGUGCCAUCCACCUCCGCCUGGGUGAAGAUGCCCGCAGCCCCCCGGACUGCGUCCCCCAGGAGCGCUUCAACGCCGCGCCGCACCUGGACGCCGAGGUGUUCUUCCACGGGAUGAGGGGCUGCGCCAGCGGCGGCGCCCACAGCUCCAGGGCUGCCCACAUCAUCCGGCUGCAGCCUGAGCACAGCUCGCCCGUCACGGAGGUGAACCUGUCCCUGAGCUGUCCCGAGAGGGUGGUGAGCAACCAGAUCCUCAUCCUCCAGAGCCGGGCCAACCUCACCUGGUUCCUCUCGCUUAACAGCUGCCACAUCCAGUUCCUGGUCUCUGGCACCUACAAGAUCACGUCCUUCUUCACGCACCUCUUCAGGGGGGAGCUGCUGCCUGACACGGAGCAGGGCCUGGUCGCCAAAGCCUUCGAGAAGAACUACAGCGUCAUCGCCUCCUACUCCACCAUCCCCAUCAGCCCCCGCAUCACCCUGGAGAUCCAGGAGCACGAGGUGCCGAGGAAGCCGCCCGCGACGCCCACGCCGCCGGCCCCCACCUCGGACACGCUGCCCCACGUGCUGCUCCUCAUGCUCCAGCCCUGGAAGUGCACGGAUGACACCAUGGAGAUCAUCAUCGCCAGGUCCCACCUGGAGCCCAUCAAAGACGUGGUGAACAUCACCCUGCGGGACAUCAGCUGCCAGGCGGAGAAGAACGCGACGCACUUCAUGCUGCGCACCCCGCUCAGCCACUGCGGCACCUCGCUGGAGAGCCAGGGCAACGCCAAGAACGAGCUCAUCCUCAGCCUGUCCAAGGGCUCGGCGCUCAGGAGCGUGCGGGUGGCUUUCCAGUGCCAGAUCCCACGGGAGCUCUUCCUGCGCCUCUUCCCCACCGCCGCCUUCGAGGCGCCGCAGACGGAGCUGGAGGUCAACAAGGAGGCCUUCGUGCAGGCCUCCAUGCGCUGGGACGACUACCCGGCCGACCUGCAGCUCAAGGAGUGCUGGCUGGUGGCACCGGGGACGGAGCCGCUGCUGCUGGUGCAGGCCAACAAGGCGCAGAGCUCCAGCGUGGCCGUGCUGGAGGAGCCCCCCGGCAGCAGGGCCAGGAAGGUUUGGCGAUUCCGCUUCACCUACGCCGUCCCCGAGGGCGGCCACGUCCCCUUCUCCGCCACCCUCAAGUGCAAGGCCGGGCUGCAGAACAACACCAUCUUCGAGAAGGUUUUGGAGGUGACAGUGAAGGACGUCUGGAGGCCACCUAACAGUGAGUUUGGGGCACGGGGCAGGGCCGGG